AGCCGCCGCCGCCGCUGCCGCCGCCGCCGCCGCCGAAGCCGCAGCCGCAGCCAACAUGGCGGACCUGGAGGCCGUGCUGGCCGACGUGAGCUACCUGAUGGCCAUGGAGAAGAGCAAGGCCACGCCGGCGGCGCGCGCCAGCAAGAAAAUCGUGCUGCCCGAGCCCAGUAUCCGGAAUUUAAUGCAGAAGUAUCUUAAUGAAAGAGGUGAAUUAACAUUUGACAAGAUUUUCAAUCAGAAAAUUGGUUUUUUGCUUUUUAAAGAUUUUUGUUUAAAUGAAAUUGAUGAAGCUGUCCCUCAGGUGAAGUUUUAUGAAGAGAUCAAAGAAUACGAAAAGCUUGAUUCUGAAGAAGAACGUCUCCGAAGGAGUCGGCAAAUUUAUGACACGUUCAUAAUGAAGGAGCUUCUGUCUUCUUCCCAUGUAUUCUCAAAGCAAGCUGUAGACCAUGUACAAACUCAUCUAGCCAAGAAAAAAGUGCCCUCAAACCUUUUUCAGCCAUACAUAGAAGAAAUUUGCGAUAGUCUUCGGGGCAACAUAUUUCAAAAAUAUAUUGAAAGUGACAAGUUCACUAGAUAUUGUCAGUGGAAAAAUGUAGAGCUAAAUAUCCAUUUGACCAUGAAUGAUUUCAGUGUACAUAGGAUUAUCGGCCGAGGAGGAUUUGGUGAAGUAUAUGGUUGCAGAAAAGCUGACACUGGAAAAAUGUACGCAAUGAAAUGCUUAGAUAAAAAGAGGAUCAAGAUGAAACAAGGAGAAACCUUGGCUUUAAACGAGAGGAUCAUGUUGUCUCUUGUCAGCACGGGGGACUGCCCUUUCAUUGUGUGCAUGACCUAUGCCUUCCACACCCCCGACAAGCUGUGCUUCAUCCUGGACCUGAUGAAUGGGGGAGACUUGCACUAUCACCUCUCACAGCAUGGGGUGUUUUCGGAGAAGGAAAUGAAGUUCUAUGCUGCCGAAAUCAUCCUGGGCUUAGAGCACAUGCACAACCGUUUUGUGGUUUACAGAGAUUUGAAGCCUGCAAAUAUCCUUUUGGAUGAAUACGGACACGUGAGGAUAUCAGAUCUUGGGCUUGCCUGCGAUUUUUCCAAAAAGAAACCGCAUGCUAGUGUGCCCCCAGGCUGUGUCCCAGCUCGAGAAUGGCCACCCCCCCAGAGCUCGCCGGUUCUGUCACCGCUAGUGCUCGGCUCGGUUGUGAUGGGCCUCGGGGAGGGGCCCUGUGCUCACCAAUCCGGGACCUCCUCAGCACCAGCGGGUGCAGCGUCGCUCUGCAGAGAGAGCCCACCUGGCAUUCGUGGUGUGGGAAAAACACUAGGUCCGGUGGCACUUUCUCUGCCUUCGAGAGGGAUGGCACAAAUGCGGAGAAUCCCAGGGCCCUGGGCCUCUCCUGGCGUUCACUUCCACUUUCCUGCCACCCACGAGCUCCUCCUGGGGAGCGGGCACGGGCUCUCUGCUCGAAGUCAGUUCAAGGAGGAGGCUGAAGCUGGGGAGGGCAAGGUUGGAGACAAGUCUCGGGCCCAGCACUCUGCCAUUGCCCCACACUGCCUGGCCUUCGCACUCUGGAGACCAGCCCCCAUUUCUGAUCAGAUUCGCCAGCCCCUGCCGGCUUGCCCCGUGGCUGCUCCUUGCGUCUCAGCAGACUGUGGAGACCCCGCCCCGAAGGGGAGCCGUGGCCCCCACCCAAGCAGGAGAGAUGGGCCUGGUCCCUCCCCUUGCAUUGCCAAUGUGACACUUCCCCGGAAGCCUGUUAUUGUGAGACGCUUCUGGGUGAUCACGGAGCUGGGCGGUGGCCGCUCGAGUCCUUAUGUCGCAGAUCUGGCAAAGGAGGGCCCGGAAUUUCACGGGCUCCAGGCAGCACCGCUCCGAGGGGGCCCCAGGCCCAGGCCUCCGGCCACAUCCCAGGAGCCUCUGCCCGGGCUGGCCAGAGGGGAUGGUUUCUCGGCCCUGGCCAAGGAGCGGCGACCCGACACCGAGCCACCUGCUGCCCUGGAGCGUGGGGGCCGCCCCCCCGCCUGUGCCUCGGCUCUCCUGGGGGCUUCUCUUUUCCACGGUUCUGGCGCUUUAUUCUGGCGAGUGCAUGGACACCCUGAGCAUGUGGGGAGCAGCAGACCCAGUGAAGAAGGGCCUGAGCAGGUUCAUGAAACCCUCUUUGGGGCUUGUAAAGCCCAUCCCACUCUGGUCUCUUCCUACUUCCUAGUCUUCAUGCCCCCCGUGGGCGCUAGGAGGAAACUGAGGCAGGCCGAGGAGAAGUGCCUUGCCCCGGUCCCACAGCAGAGUCUCCUUUAUCCCCACAGCCACAGCCCUUUCCGACAGCACAAAACCAAAGACAAGCACGAGAUCGAUCGGAUGACGCUCACAGUGAAUGUGGAGCUUCCAGAUGCAUUUUCUCCUGAAUUAAAAUCCCUUUUGGAAGGAUUGCUGCAAAGAGAUGUUAGCCAGCGGCUUGGCUGCCUGGGAAAUGGUGCAGAGGAAGUCAAAAGCCACAUAUUUUUCAAAGGAGUCGACUGGCAGCACGUCUACUUGCAGAAGUAUCCUCCACCACUGAUCCCUCCCCGGGGUGAAGUAAACGCCGCAGAUGCUUUUGAUAUUGGCUCAUUUGAUGAAGAGGACACCAAAGGCAUUAAGCUGCUGGACUGUGAUCAGGAACUGUACAAGAACUUCCCUCUGGUGAUAUCGGAGCGCUGGCAGCAGGAGGUGGCCGAGACCGUGUACGAGGCCGUGAACGCGGACACCGACAAGAUGGAGGCCAGGAAGCGGGCCAAAAACAAGCAGCUGGGCCACGAGGAAGAUUAUGCUUUAGGCAAAGACUGUACGUUACAUGGAUACAUGUUGAAGCUGGGAAAUCCAUUCUUGACGCAGUGGCAACGACGUUACUUUUACCUCUUUCCAAACAGACUUGAGUGGAGGGGGGAGGGAGAAUCACGGCAAAACUUAGUUACAAUGGAUCAGAUUGUCUCAGUGGAAGAAACUCAGAUUAAAGACAAAAAAUGCAUUUUGCUGAGGAUAAAAGGAGGAAAACAGUUGGUCCUACAGUGUGAGAGUGACCCCGAAUAUGUUCAAUGGAAAAAAGAAUUGAUAGAAACCUUUACCGAGGCUCAGAGGUUACUACGGCGGGCUCCAAAGUUCCUCAACAAACCCCGACCGACUGUCGUUGAGCUUUCGAAGCCUCCGCUCAGCCACAGAAAUAGCAAUGGCCUUUAAGGAGAGACUGUCACUCCCUCCCCUUAAAGCGCGCCACGAAGUACUGUGUCCCCACCCCCACGCAGGGCGCGUGUGGCAGAGGAGGACGCGGAGGGGGAGUUUGGGCACAGGCUGGUCGGCCUGGACGCGGCGGCCGGGCCGGAGACGGUGGCGGAGGAAGUCUGAGUGAGGGGAGCCAGGGGCUGGCGCACAGCGGCUGCUUCUGCUCUCCCGGCGCUGGCGGGAGCCGCCCCACUUUAAACUACUGAAGAAAGGAAGAUUGUUUUCUUUGCUACUCACUUUAUCGUGGUCUGUGCUGAGCCCGGAACGUGGAGCGCUUCGCCCUUCGGCGUGGACCUUCUCGGAAGGAGCUGGGGACCGCCGGUGGGGAAGGGCAGGCUGCCUUUCGUGUCCGGGUCCGUCGCCUUCCCUCGGUGCCCCCGGCACAGGCGGCCGACGCGUGACUCCCGGGUGCCCCGCAGAUGCCGCCGCCUUUCUGUCCCGGGCUUACAAGUUGUAGAUUCUUUGAAAACUUGCAGACUUCGAUCCGUCUCCUUGUUUGUCGUACUCACACGUAAUCGCUGCCACUGUUGUCCUUGUGACUUGGGGAUCUUGCGGUCGCCGUUGAGGAAGGGGACUAGAGGAACAGAAUCUAGAAUUCUGUUGUUGUAUCAGCGAUUCGUAGAUUUUAAGAGUGGUUGUUCAUGAACUCGAAGGCAUUUCUUUUCAAUUUCAGGGCAAAUUGCACUUUUAAAAACCUUUGAACCCAUUACACUCCAGUGGACGUGCUGAGGGAGAGCCUGGGUGGGGGGCUUUGGUACGUAUUCUUCAAAGUAGUUCUUCAGCUGUCCUUUUGACAGCUGGAGUUUUCUGUGUUUAAAAAAUGAGUGACCUACCGGCGCAGUGAUUCUAGUUCUUCGUUCUGGCUGGUCCCUGUGUACAGGAGAGAUGACUUCAUGUGAUGAAGAAGAAAUCAUGUUGCUCUGUUUGCAUUUUUUGUAGAAUUAGACACAAUUUUUUAUGAACGGGUGUUAAAAUUAUGAAAAGUGAGUGUCGCAAGUGGGUUUUUAAACAAUCUAUACAUACAUACACGCUUACAUACAGACAGGCAGAGCAGACACGCACACAUCUGCUUUCUUUGCCUAAUGCUUCUUCAUGUGUCCUAAGCAGAUGAGUUCUGCCCAGCAGGCUGUCACAGCCCGUUAGCAACGUCACAGCUCCCAGGGCUGAGCCAAUUCAGGAAUCUUCCUCCCGGUCACCCGUGGCUUAUUUCCCCUCUGUUCUGAGAUGCCCCUUCCGCGUCCCUUCCGUGCCCAAAGGGGCUCUCCCUUCUCAGAACUUUUUUUCUUUCUAGCAAAGUGCCAAGUGCCAACAGACUCAAGAAAUGGUUUCGAAGGUGACUUUUUUGUGUGUGUGCCAUUGUAUCGUGCCUGUGGAAAAUAAGUAACAGUUUGACUAUCCUGACUCUCCAUUCUGCCUUCCCUGCCAUCUGUCCUCCAGGUCUGCAGAGGUGCCGGGCAUUUAUUUUUAAAUCUGAGCAUUGCGGGAACUGCAAAAGGAAGUCCCUUUCAUGCAUUGACAAUGCAGGGGCAUGGGGGAUGGCUCUCUUUAGGAGCCACCAAUAAAUUAUUUCAGUAAAUCUCCUGCAGAGAGAUCACCCCACCCACCUCCUCCUGCUGCUGCCGCUUCCUGUAGUAGCAGGGUCUAAAUUGGCUUGGAAGCUCAAUCCUAGAGUCUAAUGUUUAUUGAAAACGUCCUCCCAUUAUUAAAGGAACCAUGUUUAUCUCAGACGACAGAAUCCUAAGCAAUAUCCUUAGUUUUUAGAAAGCGACAUGCUCCCAAAUAGUUUCAUGGAGAUUCCAGUUAGCUGCGAGCUCCCUCAUUGUAAGGCAGUCUCCAAGUAGUUGAGCGCAGUGCAGACAGUGGCAUUAAAGGCAGUGAAUCCCACCCUGGCUCAAGGAAGUAGGACAGUUGCCUUAGAGACUGAGACUCCGCUGGGUUCUCUUGGGGCCGGUCCUUGGCAAUACAUCGGGGCCAAGAGGCCUUGCUCUCCCAGUGGGUCCCCAGAAGUCAGCAGAAAGCGCUUCCCAUCCUGGCUGAGGGGUCACCCCCUGCUCUCAAAGGGAUUGAGAAAAAACCCACAUUCGGAGGUCAAAAGUGGCCAGAAGCCGCCACUGGCUCGGAUGGGAAAUCCCUAAAUUCACACGCGGGUUCUAAAAACAUGACCGAAAGGAAUGAGCAGUAAGUGAAAGGAUUGGGAAUACAUGAUGAGUCACACUGAAGUCUCACCUGGCUCUUCUUGCUCUUGGAAACCAGCAGGUCAGGUCCGGUAUAUUUGUAGGAUGUAAAUCUGUCGGGAUCUGUCGGCAACUUUCACACGAGGAAAGGAGGCCCAGGGGGAGGAAAGGAUUUGUCGGGCUCCAGGAAGGAGUCAGCGGUUGAGUAUUUUCUCUCAAAUUUCUGCUCAUUUCCCAUUAAGAUGGAAUAGGGGAUUUCCAGAAUCAGAAUAGGAAUGAUUGUGCUUAUUGUGCUCCUCGAUGCCCAGGGUGCUAGACAGUGUCCAUUUUUACUUUUCUACCAUAAAUGGAAUUGUGAUCGAGCUACAAAAUGCCUUGCUAUUUGUCGCUUCCCUUCACAUGUUUAGGAUUAAAAUUCAGUAAGUCUGUGAAGAUAACCUAAAAACGUAAGGAACAUAUUUGCAGCAUUUAAAAAUAUUUGACCAAGUACUUCUUUAUUUGAUAUUCAAAGGAAUAUUUAAAGAUGUCUGAAAAAAUCUAGAGAUUGUUUUCAUAGUUGAUAUAUGAUAAUUUAUGAACUUUAUUUUUUUAUCAUUGCAUUGUUCUUGAUGUAAAUUUUGUUGAUCCAAAAUGUCUGUGUUAAGAUUUUAAACAUUUAUUCACUCAUUUCACACUGUAGAAUUGGGGGCUGCAUUUGAUUUAGUGCUUCAGAAUAACACUGGCUCAGGAAUCAGAAGCCUUGGCUUCCAGUUCCAUCCCUGACGCUUCCUCCUCUGUCAGCUUGGGCAAGUCAUUUUGUCAUUUCUCACCUGUGUGUGCCUCAGUUUCCUCAUCUGUGAUCUGAGGGGAUUGGAUUAGAUGGCUUCCAAGGGCCUUUCUAGCUCUGGAUCUGUGUCCUAGAAUAAUUAUGUCUGACGUGAUGAUGGUUUUUGGCUGAAUUUGCAGAAAUGGGCCAAUUGCCGUGAGAUUACAAGGAAAGUAUGUAACAUAGAUGUGAUCUCCAUCGUAGUGACACACUCUGCAGGUAUUGGAAUCUCAGUGAUUGAGGGGGGAAGAGCAAGCAAAAUUUUAUCCCCGUUCAGGUCAGGGUGGCAGCUCAGUUUCAGUUUGAGAUGCGUGGACCACACUUGGAGAGGCCCUAACCAGGCCCCUGUCAAAUGUGCCUUAGACAAGGUUUGGACACGUCCUCUUGAGCGUGACUCUGCCGGAGGGGUUCAAGCCUUCACUGUAAGAGACACAGAACACUGCAUUGGGUGCCAUGGAAAAGGGGAUUUUGGGGGAUUGCCAAAUAAGCACACGUUGUUAUCAGAGUCAUGUGGAACGGAGCCCUCCGGCCCAGGCUGCUGCUCUGGGCUCCAUGUGGCCCAAGCCAUUGAGCUCCAUGUUGGCAGUGGGUAAUGGGACUCACAGUGUGUGAGUGUGUGUGUGUGUCCAUACUAAUUCCCCUCCUCUCUGAAGGGCUGAUUAUACCAGACCUGCCUGUCUCUUAGAAUGGAUUGUUUCUAACAUACGUCACCAUUUUCGUGUAUCGGAUAGAAGAAAACAAAAGUCUCCAAGUUGAGCUUUGUCAUGAAGACACCGUGUAAAUCUGUAUAUACAUUGAUCAUGUGCAGAGUGUAAGAUGAGCCAUGUCUGUGUUUGUGACGAUCUGCGGCUCGUCGCCGUUACGUUCAGGGAACUGCGUUCUGGAUGCUCCCGUGCUGCUCUCAGUGACAACGCCUGGCUUCCCGCUCCCUGCCCUGCAUGUGGGACCAACCUGGUUGUUCCCAGGGAGGCUCUGCCACUCUCUUAGAAUAAUUCAGGGGUGGGGGCAGGAGAGGAAUCUUUAUAGAAAUGGGGGCGAGGAAGAGAUUUCAUUUAGAAAUAAAACAGGCCCCUUUGCCUCAAAGCACAAAAAUAAAUAUUUGAAAAUAACGGGUUUUUCUCUCCCUUUGGCUUUUUGUAAAAUAUAAGUGAGCGAUAAUGUCUGUGUCCUAAUGUUUUUUUUUUUUAAUAAUGUGACCUUGUGAGUUCAAUGGGAAUCUGUGUGUGUGCGUGAGUGAGAAAGCGAGAGUGACCGAGAGCAAGAGCGAGAGCGAGAGAGAACGAACACAUCAGCUUAGGUCUGUAGGCCUCUACUCUGCUGUAUGGCUUGGAUUAAGUCGGGUUCAGGAGCUUAUCAUCAGAGUCUCCACACACAGGGAAAGCAAAUGUAUAAAUUCUUGAAACUGGCUUUCUUUUUCUUGAAUAAGAUACGGUAUUUCAGUAAAUUCCCUAAAAAUAGAGGGGAAAAUUUUGUAGUUGUCAAUGUGUGUUUAGAGCAAGUCAGUGCUGACAUUAUUGCCUCAUUAAACUAAUUUGGAAAUCAUGUCAGAGCAUAGCACCAUCUCUAAUUUGUUGCCUCGUUUUUAAAUGCACUUUUUAAAAGAUCUGCAUCAGAUUACUUCAAAGACAGCUACGUAAAGGAGAAAUUUGAAGCAUUUGAGUAUUAGCUUUAAAUAGUUCCAGCCCAGAUAUUUAAUAGAAUUAACCAAAUUACAGAUUUCCACUGUGUUGUGUAAACAACUGACAAAAAGUUUUAGGGCAGAAAAUAUAGUGGAUAUGCCAGCUUCGUUAUAUUUGAGUUACUUUUUGCUUACUAGCACAAUUUCUUUCCUAUAACAUUCUCAGUGCAAAAGCUUUUGUUCUUUUUUGAUGCAGUUGGCAAGAUAAUCAAGGGAGAUUUCCUAGUGAUUAUGAUCUAGUGCCCCCUACAGCACGUACACACACACAAAUGGACAAUUUUUCACUGUACUCAAAUAAUUCCUAUUUGCUCUAGUAACUGUCAAUGGCAAAAUGUUAAAAUUUCAAAUUUAAAAAAAUAAUUGUUUGUGUUAAUAGAAUAUCCCCAUUUCUGUUUUGGCCUAAAUUGUAAUCCUGGCUCUACUAGUGAUUUGUUACCUGUGUGACCUUGGAAAACCCAUUGUACCUUCAGAGGCCUUCGUUUUAUCAUCUAUAAAUUGGGGAGAUUAGAUGAAAUGAUCUCUGAGGUCCCUCCUGGGUUCUGAUCCCUUGACCUAUUGUCUCUAAGAGCUGACUUUUUUUUACAUCCAUCGCCUUAUUGGACAGAUGAGGAAAAGGACUUUUCCUAAACUCUCCUAAGUGGAGAGGCAGCUGUUGAAUGGACUCUGCUUCCAGGUAGGAGGAUUUCCCCUGAUGCUCCUGGACUCAUUCUGCCGCAUCCCCUGCUGGGAAAAGGUCUUUUCAAAUGUGCAUUCAAAGCAGAAAGAACUUGAACUUUUCUUUAUGAUUCCUUAGUUGAAUAUAUUCCAUGAUAUACCAUCAAGGACAGGCUAAACCCUGGCCACUUAAAAUAACAGUGCUAAAUUGAAUCCCCCUCUUUGCUCUUUUAAAUUAAUCAUCAUCCAGGGCAGUAGAUAGAGCACCAGCCCUGAAGUCAGGAGGACCUGAGUUCAAAUGUGACCUCAGACACUUAACACUUCCUAGCUGUGUGUCCUUGGGCAAGUUACUUAACCCCAAUUGCCCAAGCAAAAUAAAUAAUAAAUAAACUAAUCAUCAUCCACUCAGCUUUAUUUUGGUAAUGUAAAGAUUGCUCAACUAUGUAGGUAUUAGAUAAGAUUUCUAUUUUAACAACAAAAAAAUUUAUAUUAUUUAUUAAAUCCAUGCAUUUCAUUAAUUUCUAAAACAUUCCGUAUUAUUCUUGCUGCUUUUUUUUUUUUUUAAUCUGUAUAGUUUGGUAUUUAAAGAGAUAACAGUUCUUUUCACAUAGGAGAAAUGUCUUUUUAAAAAAAUGGAGUUAAAUGAAUUUUUUAAAACUAUGUUCAGCUUACCCAUUCCCUGAAAUUCAGAAGGUUUCUUUUUUUUGUAACUAAAAAAUUAGCUCAUUUUAACGUGAGUAGAGUUUUAUGCAGCAGCGUGACGGCCGAUCGCCAAGGAAUAGAUUACAAAGCCUAAUUCUUUUUGCCUGUAAAACAUACCUGCCUUUUGGUGUCUCACUGAAGAGUUUGCCAUGAAAUACUGCUUUAAUCUACCUCUUUCAAAAGAAGCUUCAUUCUGGUUGACAAAUUCCAAUCUGGCUAUGAUAGAACGAAUUAAUGGAGCACGUUUUCGGUUCUUUUCUUACUCUUAGUUGUUUCCUAUGUGAUUUAGAUUUUUUUUUCCUUAAGUCUAUUGAAUUUUGGGGGAAUUCUAUGACUGAUGGAGACUCGGAGCCUCCUAUAUAUGAGAUCUUUCAGGAUCUAUGUUAUUGCUGCUGUUUCUGCUGAGUGUUCUGUUUUUUUUUUUAGGCCAGGAGACCCAUCUCUGAUUAGAGCUGACCUGGUCUCGGUGAAAAAUGUUGAUCAAAUAUGAGAUCAGACUAUAGCUGUAAUGGAGUAGCAUUUAUUUAUGAGAGCUAAGUAUUAAGUGCAACUUGUAGGGGGUGGUGUGUGCCUUGAAUUUGAAUGGAAUCAUUCCCCUGGCCACUUCAAAUUAGUUUGGAACAUGAUAUUAGAGAGAUAACCCAUGUGUAUUGUGGGUUAUCGCUGAAGUCCUGGUGGGGAAAAAAAUGGGAAAAAAACAAAAACCAAUAAUGAAGUUGUUAAUUUUUUAAAGAGCAGUUUCUACACAGUCUAAUAUUAUUUAGUUACAUGUUCUCUUCUGCAAAUUUUGGAAAUUUAGGAGCAUUUUAGUAGAAUCAAUUAUGAAAACUUCUAAAAGGACCUUGAUUUUUGAUUGGGAGAGUUAACCUAAAAGGCCAGUAUUCCUGUAAAUAACCCAAGCUGUCAUACCUAGGAAGCAUCCUUGUCUGUUCUCUUCUGAACUUUGGCCCUUUCCUAUUUAUUGUGCAAAUCAAGUUUGUUUUUUUUUUAAUUUCUUGGUAUACCGCCUAAGAAGUGCACGAUUUAAGUCUUUUCUUCCUUGGAAACUGUUCCCCACUUAUGGUAACCAUCAGCACUGUUCGGGACGUGCCAUACUUGGUCAAUACUGUUGUCUCCGAGAGCUAUUUUGGAGCAAGCUAAGUUGGUUAUUCUUUUCUGUGUUGGUCAAUUGCUUAUAUAAAAAAACAUCCCAAUAAAAGAACCUGCCAAUGUA